GUUGUCCUUUUUAUUUUAAAGGUUGUUAAAGGAGAUGGGCUGGCAGGAAGACAGUGAAAAUGAUGAAACAUGUGCUCCACUAACAGAGGAUGAGAUGAGGGAAUUCCAAGUCAUUAGUGAACAGUUACAAAAAAAUGGCCUUCGGAAAAAUGGCAUUUUGAAAAAUGGCCUCAUCUGUGAUUUUAAAUUUAGCCCCUGGAAAAACAGCACUUUCAAACCUGCUCUGGACAAUGAGGAUUCUGAGACAAGCAGCAGUGAUACGUCAGAUGAUGAUGAUGUGUGAAGAUUUCUGUAAUAUCUGUAGAAGCUUGUUUUGAUCUCAUGAAAAUUUGGGGAUGUAUUGUCCAAAAAAAUUUCUAAUUACGUAGUAACAUACCCCAUUAGAGGAAGAAUGAUGGGACUCCUCCCCGAAGAAAGCAAGGAAUGUUGUGUUGAACAUUACUAUAAUUUCUUUGCAAACAAAUGUUGUAGAAUGAGGACUUGGGUUGACUCAGCAUUGACUUUCUUCAUCACUGCAGCAUUUCUGACUAGCAAUGUGACAAUGUAACAAAUCAGACUUUCUCAUUUAAUAAUAAAACCAAAAAGAAUUGUGUAAUGUCUUGCAAAGCUUCUGUCUUAAUAUGUCCAAGUCUAUUAGGAAAAAAAGGGCAGCUUGACACAGUGUUUUGCUUGCCAAGUCAUUUCUUUCUUAAAAUGGAAAUCCUUGAGUCCACUUUGUAUGCAAAAAGGGCAAUGUAGCAUGUUGGCUAAAAUGAGCAAAGUGCACUAAAACUCUUUUCCUUAAUUGAGCUGUUUGUACUGUUCUGCUUUUUCCACACAUAACUGUUCUUUAGCCAUUUGUAGUGUAGUCAUUGUUAUUAACAGCAAAAAAACCUGAUGGUUUGGUUCCAAAUUUCUAGAACUAACCUUUUAAAUUGAAAGCUUUAUGUGGGGUAUUGCAAGACCCAGUAUUCUCACAGUGAACACAUUUCUUGUGGGGAAAAUAAGCACUCUGAUUUUACUAUUCACGUGCAGAAAAAAUAAUUACACUGGCUGGAUUUGUCCACUACAUGGAAAAUAAACUGAUUUACAGAGUAUUGUCUCGGUGCAUAGCAUCAAGGGUAUUGUUUUAAAAUCUACUAAGUUUUGUUUGCAUUUAUAUUAAAUGUACUCUGUCAGCAGUGACUGCAUUUCAGAAUGAGUUAAACAUAUUUUUAUCACCAGAUCUUGCUUUUAUAAGCAGCAGAAGUAUAUCUAUGCAAUAAGCACGUUUUGCUUUCUUUGUGUCAAACUUUUUCUUUAUAAUCACACAUUUAAAAACUAAUAUAUUAUUUAUAGUUUUAUUUGGUUCAUUUUAGUUCUUUAAAUAUUUUCCACAGGGUUGUACAAACUAUGUAGGGUUAAUUCAUAAGCACAACUGCUCUUGGUGAUGUCACGUGCAUUUAUAACAUAGCUUAUAUAUAGACAUUCCUCCUUCAAAAUAUUUUUGAAUUGCACUACUUCUUAUAGUAAGUAAUUUGCAAUUUAAAACUAAAGCAAAAAUAUUUAUAAAGCUGAGAUUUUGUCUAUGUUUAACUUCUUUAGGAAAAGACUUUUUUUAUAAGGUGGCAUCUAAUAAUUUUGGGCCAAAGGUGGU